AUGGAUGCCACUGCCAUUCGAAGCUUCAUCGCCGGGACGCUCGAUGCCGAUGCCGACGUCCGCCAGAGCGCUGAGCUGCAGCUGAAGCAGGCCGAGGGCCAGCCUGGCUUUACCGAUGUGUUGUUGGAUCUUACCCAAUCUGAACAAAACUCCAAUCUCCAACUCCCCACCGUCAUCUACCUGAAGAACCGCGUCAACCGGGCGUGGGAGCGCUCCGAGUACUAUCCGAACGAGACAGUGAUACCCGACGAUGCGAAAGCGCGGUUUAGGGAGCGGUUACUCCCCAUUCUUGCGGGCUCCCAAACCUUAGUGCGACACCAGCUUGUACCGAUCCUCCAGCGCAUCCUCCACUUCGAUUUCCCCGAACGAUGGCCCUCGUUCAUGGACUACACGCUGCAGCUCCUCAACACCAACGAUCCGGGAUCGGUAUUGGCUGGACUUCAGUGCCUUCUCGCGGUGUCCCGGACGUACCGUUUCAAGGCGAGCGAUACCGAUAGCAGGGCCCAUUUUGACAAGAUAAUCGAGGCCAGUUUCCCCAGGUUGCUGGUAAUAUGCAACGAGCUGGUGAACCAGGAGAGCGAUGAGGCGGGCGAGAUGUUGCACAUUGCCCUCAAGUGCUACAAGCACGCCACAUGGGUCGAGCUCUGCGAGUUCCUCCGACAGAAUUCCGUCAACCUAGCGUGGUGUACUGUUUUCCUUCAAACCGUGUCUAAGCCCAUUCCGGCUUCGGCCAUGCAAGGCGACCCCUUGGAGCGGGAGCGCCAUCACUGGUGGAAGGCCAAGAAGUGGGCGUACUUCAACUUGAACCGCCUGUACAUUCGACACGGCAACAUGCAGGCUGCGAUGGACAGGUCGGCCGAGCCCCCGACUCGGUUUAUCAAGGAGUUCUCCGCUCAAGUCGCCCCGGAGAUUCUCAAGCACUACCUCCAGGAGAUUGAGAAGUGGGUUUCUAAGACCAUUUGGCUCAGUCGGCCCUGCCUCUCUUACGCCAUCGUGUUUAUGGACGAGUGUAUCCGCCCUAAGGAUAUGUGGGCGCACCUGAAGCCGCAUUUGACUAACCUGGUCACGCAUUUCAUCUUCCCGAUUCUCUGCUUAACCGAGGAGGAUAUUGAGAAGUUCGAGGACGAGCCGGAAGAGUACCUCCACCGGAAACUCAACUUCUUCGAGGAGGUUUCCGCGCCGGAUGUUUCCGCUACCAAUUUCCUGGUGACCCUCACGAAGGCACGGAGAAAGCAGACUUUUGAGCUCCUCACUUUCAUCAACGAGGUGGUGAACCAAUACGAGCAGGCUCCCGAGGGCAGCAAGAAUCACAUCGCGAAGGAGGGCGCGCUACGUAUGAUCGGGACUCUAGCACCCGUCAUACUCGGCAAGAAAUCGCCAAUUGCAUCCCAGGUUGAGUAUUUCAUUGUCCGCUACGUUUUCCCCGACUUCACGAGCGAACAGGGCUUCCUCCGUGCCCGAGCUUGCGACACUGUCGAGAAAUUCGAGCAGCUGGACUUCAAGGACCAGAACAACCUCCUGUCCAUCUACCGCCACAUUCUCGAUCGCAUGGCCGACCCUAAGCUCCCCGUGCGUGUUACCGCCGCGCUCGCUCUGCAGCCCCUGAUUCGACAUGACGUUAUUCGGACGAGCAUGCAGACCAGUAUCCCAACAAUCAUGCAGCAACUCCUGAAGCUGGCCAACGAGGCCGACAUCGAUGCGCUUGCCAACGUGAUGGAAGACUUCGUCGAGGUCUUUGCUGCCGAGCUUACACCGUUCGCUGUGGCCUUGAGCGAGCAACUACGUGACACCUACCUCCGCAUUGUCCGUGAGUUGUUGGAGAACAGUGAUAAACGUGAAGAUAUAGACAACGAGUACGGCGACUUCCUCGAUGACAAGAGCAUCACCGCUCUUGGUGUUCUCCAAACUAUCGGUACUUUGAUCCUCACCCUCGAGAGCACACCCGACAUCCUCCUUCACAUCGAGAGCGUCCUCAUGCCCGUCAUCGAGAUUACUCUUGAGAACAAGCUCUACGAUCUCUAUAACGAGGUUUUCGAGAUCAUCGACAGCUGCACUUUCGCCGCCAAGCAAAUCUCGCCCACCAUGUGGAAGGCCUUUGAACUCGUCCAUGCCACGUUCAAGUCCGGCGCCGAGUUGUACCUUGAGGACAUGCUGCCAGCCCUCGACAACUUUGUCCAAUAUGGCGCUCCGCAACUGAUCGAGAAACCCGACUACGUCGAGGCUCUGUUCACAAUGGUCUCGGACUUGUUUGCCGAUGGCAAGGUGAACGGUGUCGACCGGAUUUGCGCCUGCAAGCUCGCUGAAGCAAUGAUGCUCAGCCUUCGUGGCCACAUCAACAACGCCGUCCACGGCUUCAUCAACAUGGCCAUGGGUGUGCUUGUCAGCCAGGAGAUUGGUCUCAAGUCGUAUAAGGUCCAUUUGAUGGAGAUGGUCAUUAACGGCAUCUACUAUGACCCCAUUUUGGCGCUGCAGAUUCUGGAAUCGCAGGGAUGGACAAAUAAGUUUUUCAGUCUCUGGUUCGGAAGCAUGACGUCGUUCACCCGUGUCCACGACAAACAGCUAUGCAUUCUCGCCAUCAUCGCUCUCCUCAACGUCAAGUCCGACCAAAUCCCUCCCAGCAUUAUGGUUGGGUGGCCGAGACUGCUACAGGGCAUCAAGAUUCUGUUCGACACUCUCCCCGAGGCCAUGGCCAACCGAGAGGAAGCUUUGAAAGACGAUUUCCAGUUUGACGGUGGGAACUACGGAUACGACGAGACCGACGACGAAUGGGACGACGAAGAGGCGAAUUGGAACGGCAAUAGUGGCGAGACUGAAGAGGAACCGGCUGCAGCCGACGUCAAAGAUGAGAGCACCGCUUACCUGGAGUUCCUCAACGAGGAGGCACAAAAGCUCAAGGCUACGGACCUCGAGGAUUCCGAUGAUGAGCUCGGUGAGGACAGCGUGUUGCUGGAGUCCCCACUUGAUCGGAUCGACCCGUACCUCGCCUUCCGAGACUCCUUCAAGAAAUUGCAAGCCGAGCAACCCGAUUUCUGUGCCGGCCUGCUGAGCCACCUUUCUCCCAAUGACCAAACGGCUCUCCUCGAGGUCUGCCGCAGGGCGGACACUCAGGAAAUGAUGGGCAUCCAGAGCCCCUUCCCCAUCUCACGGGCGCGUGUUACUGGGCCGAACGGCACAAGCUAG